UUUAUGAGACAAAACGGCAGCUCGCUAGCAACAAUUGACGGCUAGCUUGUGAGAUUGAUACGGAUAAACAAGUCCAAUGUUACAGGGGAUUUAAACAAGUUCAGUAUGGGAGAUGUCGACAUAGAUUACAAUAUAGUAUUUCCAGAAGCGUGCAUUACGGAAAAGUACUGGCAGGGAUCAAAGGAGCCAGUGGUCAUGUUGUUGGGUUGGGCUGGCUGCAAAGACAAACAUCUGUCGAAGUACAGCUCAAUUUAUAACGAACAGGGAUGCAUCACAGUCCGCUACACCGCUCCCUUGAAGACAGUGUUCAUAUCGGAGUCUUUCGGCUACAAAGAGCUGAGCACCAUUGCCCACAAGUUACUGGAACUGCUGUAUGACUACGAGGUGGAAAACAACCCCAUAUUCUUCCACGUGUUCAGCAACGGUGGCUUCAUGCUGUACAGGUACAUGGCUGAGCUCCUGUGCAGCCACGGACGGUUCAGCACCCUCAAGGUGGUGGGCACUGUGGUGGACAGCGCCCCCGGGAGUCAGAACGUGAGAGGGGCGCUGCGGGCCAUCACCGCCUCCCUGGGCCCCAACAUCAACGUGGUUCUGCUCUACUUCCUGUUGGCGCUGUUCGCCUGCAUGGUGUUCCUGCUGAGGAUCGUGCUGUACUCCGUGACCAAGUACAUCCACAAGAACCACUACGACGCCCUCCGGGACAGCCCCUCGCCCUGGCCCCAGCUGUACCUCUACUCCCGGGCGGACAGGGUGAUCCGGCACAGGGACGUGGAGCUGAUGGUGAAGGCCGUGCAGGAGAAGGGGGUUCCGGUGGACAGCUUUGACUUCGGCACCCCUGCCCACGUCAGCCUGUUCCGAGACUUCCCUGAGGAGUACUCCAGGCGGUGCCUGGAUUUCCUGGCCAGCUGCAUGCAGAAGGCAGCGGGAGCCCAGAAGAAGAAGCAGCGUUUCUCAGUGCCAAAUUAAAACGGGAUCACAGUGGUGGUCCAGGCACGCAAGAUGGGGAGGAAGCUUGUUGUGAAUCUACUGUAAAGUUACAUGUAUGAAUGUAUUAAGAGUACACCUCAGACUCAUCUGUUGUAGGGACUGAAGUGGUGCAAAAUGUCUAAGAAGAAGAAUGCCUGAAUG